AUGGCGCCGCACGAGUCAGUUCCGCUCCGUGUUAAUGUUCCGCCGCAACCCACUUCCCCAUCAGAAACCCACCACCCGCACUUGCCGGUUGAGCAUCACCCGACUCGUCAUGCGGGGGGUAGCCAUCGUCCCACUUACAACACCAGUAGCAAAGCGAAGAAGCCGAGACACCCACCUGCUCUCUGUAUAAAGUUCAUGUCGGGCUAUGGCUGUCCAUACGGGGACAAGUGUCGCUUCUCCCAUGAUCUUCGAGCUAUCUAUCCCGUCUACCGCGACUCUGCUGGAUAUGAUGACCCGAUUGGGUCGACUGCUUACACCGUCAUGCCUCGCGUUGCUCCUCAACACUAUGGGCAACGACAGGUGCAGCAUUCGAUGCACUCCAGUCGGAUACCUGACACCAGUCCCAACCAACGCUCUUUGUCGUUCCGUGGAUCGCCGCUACAACGCGAGCGAGCGGCUUCGUUUGCAAAUCACUCCAAGUCUCACGAAGACCAGUUUGAUGACACCCAUGCAAAUAGGCGGUUUCCGUUCAAGGAAGCCGUUCUCAAGCAAUGCAAAGGACCGCAACCUGAACGCAAGCACCACGACUCGGUUGCACACAAAAGUACUGGAGGGAACGGACGUGGCGACGAGAGCUGCUUUUCAAGCCGUGCGAAAGCGACGCCUGAAACAGAAUCUGCCGACAUGUCACUUGCGCGGCAGCGCCUGCACCGCAAGAAAAUCUUGCGUCCGCGCAAGUGUGCGCCAAUUGAUGAAAAGGCAGACCCUGCACACGGCGAUUCCGGUGAGCAUCAUCCCAACUCAGAAUAUUUGUUUCGUGAAGUCGGAUGUGCCAAUACUGCUGGGGUAGAUUGUGCACAGCACGAAGCCCAACGACAUGACCAGAUAAGUCGUCGAAAUCCUGCAAGAACAUCACAGCUGAUGUAUCCGAGGAUUCCAUCGCACACUCGGUACUUGCUGGAGCAACAAUUUCACAGCAAUAUCAGCAGCCAGGUCGAAUCUUUUGUCGAUUACAUCGACACAGGGCUGUCAUUGACGGAGCAGCACAAACAACAGGCCAUGAACUUACUGCAGGAGCUGGUGUGCUCGCUGUGGCCCGACGCUCUCAUUGAUGUUUAUGGGUCAAGCUACACCCGCCUUGCUUUACCGGCAAGUGACAUCGAUUGUGUACUACUUUCGAGCUCGUUGGCAGGAGAGAGGCCUCUGGCGAUCCUAGAGACCUUGGCGUCAAAAGUUGAUCGACAGCCGUGGUCAAAACAACUCAAGCUGCUCAAAGGUGCAAAAAUUCCGGUUCUCAAAAUGACGAGUUCCCCCGACCCGACACAACCCGACGUACAGUUGGACCUUACCUGCGGUCACUCUGUCGGCCAUACCGGUCUGAGUGCGCGCGAUCUUAUUUAUUCAUUCCAAUCUGAGAUGCCAGCUUUGCGACCGCUUGUAUUGGUUUUGAAAAGCCAUCUCGUCAGCAACGACUUGAAAUGUGCGUUUACUGGAGGCAUCUCGUCAUACGUAUUGGUAGUCUUGGUGAUUCGCUUUUUGCAGGCAUGUGGCGAUGUCCACCACAUAUCAUUCGUGAGCUCUAGCAGCCGCAACGUCCGGGGUGGAAAUCGAAGAAGAAGCUACUCGGAAAAUGUACCAGCGCCCGAUAUUCCAGAAGAGCUUGCUUACAUUACCGGCCUCAGCGACCCUGUGGUGCAUCCAAAAUGGUGCUUCACGUUUUCGCGUGCCGGGCGUGUUACGUGGCGCACUGGUAUAAGUAGCCUUCUCUUGCUUUUUCUGGAAACGUACACCACGUUUGACUAUCGUCGGUUUGGCAUCUCCAUUGACAAUCAAGGAGAAUUUUUCCUGCUUCCGCCAGAUCAAGUGGUACCUCUGCAAUGCUCCGUUGUGAUUCCGUACGUCGCAGAUCCAAUCAAACCUGGACGAAGCAUCUGCAACUGCUUUCGCAUGCACGAGGUAAUUCAAGCAUGGCUUGCGCUUUAUCAAAACCUGGUCGCAGGGGUCCCAGUUGCAACUUGUGUCGGUCGAGACUUGACCCCUUGA